AACUGUGCUUCAUUCUAGCUGCCAUAAUAAUAAUGUUAUUAUUGCUUUCAGAAUAAUUAUUAUCGGCAACCUGACUACAGCAUAUACUGUUGCCUAUUCAGUUGUUUCAGUACUAGCAUCUUUACACACUACAGAUUAAUUGUCGUGCAUCGCACACCAGAUGUUUUCAACACUAGAAAGUCGUGCAACCAGAUGUUUUGGUAGUACCAAACUGCAGUAUUCCACGCAAAGGAGCAGUUACCGGCUUUUUUAAAGCAUACGCUUGGUAGAAACUGAAGCCCUCUAGACGCGGAAUAUUCUGUAUCCCCAUGGCUUUAGGUGGUGAUUCCGUUAUUGAACUGAACAUUAGGACCAUUAUCGGCUCUGGAAAUCAAGGCAACGUAUACUGUGCGAGAAGAAUGGAUACAAAUGAGAUCUUGGCCUUGAAAACAGUGCAUGUUGACGAACAAGUACCUGAAAAACGGGCUCAGUUACUCAAACAGUUAACAGAGCAAUUGCAGCGCUUUUUAGAAGUGAAACAUCGACAUUUAGUGAGACAUUUCGCUCACCAAACUAUUACGGGACCGCAUCCUGAUAUCAAAAGCAUGGAGCGGACCACGUUGCAGAUUCUAAUGGAAUUCUGCGAGGGUGGUUCACUUGGAAAAUAUGUCAAGACUAAUGUAGUGCCGGCUUCUUUGAUACAAAAAUGGACACAACAAUUGGUUGACGGUUUGGCGUACCUCCACGAGCAACGAUAUGUCCAUCGAGACGUCAAAGGCGACAAUAUCGUCCUAAGUAGCCCUGAUGCAUAUAGUUGUGACUUGAAAUUCACCGAUCUGGGAGAUCUUAAAGGCAUAAUGGGACAAUCAACCAAAGCCAACGAGCUGUCCAAGAGCAGAGGUACUCAUCCGUUUAUGUCACCGGAAAUGGUGAGUGAGAGUGGGAAUGUCGGACGUCGAACCGACAUUUGGAGCUUGGGCUGUGUGAUCAUCCAGAUGGUAACCGGCAGACCACCUCGUUUCUUCCGGGAAAGAGAAGAGGUCCUUGGAGACGCACCUACAAUGUUUUUCGUUGCAUCAGGAGGGCAGCCGGCUAUGCCGGCUGGUCUGCCAGACUUGUUGCAAAGAUUCAUCGAACGAUGCCUUAUUCGUAACGUGGAUGGCAGACCCUAUGCUCCUCAAUUGUUGUCGGACCCUUUCCUUCUGGCUACCAAUGCUGCGGAGUGGCCAUUGCCGAAUCGAAAAGAUCUCUGGACUUCGCAUGGAUAGUGUUUUAGUCUUAAGAAUUUUCUGUUAGGUUAAGAACGCUGUACCUGAUCGAAACAUUCUCUCAACUUUAAUAAUAUGGCGAUAAGGAAGAAAAAAAGUGCUGCAUCUGAUCAAACAGUGCAGCCAAAACUGUCUUUUAACAGUUUGGCAACAGGUUUUGUGACUUUUGUCCACAUUCCGAAACAGCAAGUAC